AUUUCUAUUUCAGACAAACGAAUGUAAAAUAUCAUAACAUCAUGAAUGAGUUUAAGCAGCUAAAGAAAUCGUACAAAUUUUUCAAAUAUGCCGAUCCAGAACCAGGUGAAGAAGUUGUUAUUUCCGGAAUCGCUGGUAGAUUUCCAAAAUCCAACAAUUUGUACGAAUUGAAAGAUAAUAUUUUUAAUCGCAAAGAUUGCAUCACAGAUAACGAAAUAGAAACAGAGCAUUCAGAAAUUCCACGACGAAUGGGGAAAAUUAACAAUAUAGAGAAAUUCGAUGCAUUAUUUUUUGACAUCGAUUUUAAAGGAGCACAUACUAUGGAUCCUAUGGGAAGAAUAUUGUUCGAACAUACUUAUGAAGCCAUUGUAGAUGCUGGAAUUCAUCCAAAAGAUCUCCGUGGAACGAGGACAGGUGUAUUCCUGGGUUCAUGCUUCUCCGAUGUCGAGAAAACUUGGUUCUACGACAAACUCCAGAUAAAUGGCUUUGGUAUCAUGAGCUGUAGUAAAGCUUUUAUGGCCAACAGAAUUUCGCAUUGGUUGGGUGUCACUGGACCAACAUAUAACAUCGAUACCGCGUGCAGUUCAAGCCUUUUUGCGAUGGAACACGCAUAUAGGGCUAUACAUAACGGACAAUGCGAUUACGCGAUCGUCGCUGGAUCAAAUCUUUGCCUUCAUCCAUACGUAACAUUGCAAUUUAAACGUUUAGGAAUAUUGUCUGAGGAUGGUCGUUGCAAGUGUUUCGACGAAAAUGCAGAUGGUUAAGUGCGCAGCGAAGCCGUAGUUGUUGCAUUUCUGCAAAAAAAAAAAAUGCUAAAAGAAUCUAUGCAACAGUUAUCCAUGCGAAAACAAAUUGCGAUGGAUCUA